ACCACCCCUUGUUUGUGGACAGAGACUUGACUCCAUGUUCAUGACUCUUCGUGAGUGAUAGAGGGACUGAGAAUAAUCUAACAGCACUAAAAGAUAAAGAGUUUGAAUUAUUAACAUGUUCAAGAUGAUAUUACUUUCAGUCUGUCUUUUCCUUGGGAACAUUCCUUCAUAUGCAUUUUCAGCAACAUCCGAGCCAAAAAUAAACUGCCUUAUCAUAAAUCUGGACUAUGUUAAUUGCACAUGGAGUGAGCAAAAGCACAAUUACAGUUUCAAGAGCAAGUUUUCAAAUAAAGAACUUCUGGAUUGUCCUAAAUAUCUCAGGAACGACAGUGUUAACGUGGGCUGCAUUUUCCCUUACAAAAGGCUACAGCGGUUUACUACGUUAAUAACAUGGCUGUACAGUGAUGAUGGCAGUUUGGUGACAGAGCAGGAACAUAAUCUGAAAGAACAUGUGAAGCUUUACCCUCCGUUCAACCUGACUGUGGUGGAAAAAAAAGAUUCAGAACUGAGGCUGUACUGGAGUAUGCCAAUGAACAUCAGCUGCACUGAGAGUCAAGUUCGUUACAGGACAGACGACAAUCUGUGGCAGAUCACCACUCCAGACAGCAGGACCUCCUUCAUUUUGCCUUUCCCCCUCAAAAAACGGUAUGAGUUCCAGGUCAGGGCUCGAAUAGAGUCAUCCUGUGGACAGUCCAUGUUUUGGAGCGACUGGAGUGAACCUGUCUACUGGGGAUCUUUAAAGACCAAGAAUAGUACAGUUAAAAUUUUGAGCUGGUUUUUGAUGAUGUUGAAGUCGUCCACCCGAUCUGCUAACACUGAUGUUUCUGGUGCUGAGACAGAUGCAAUAGAAUCAGUAUCAGUGACAGAGUGAGAUUCAGUCACUCGGCAUGCUGGUGAAACACAGACAGAUGAUCUCAGACAGAAGAAAAGUGAUAAGUAAAAAGUGAUGUUGACUUCACUUUUUAAAAAAAAAAAAUUGAGUAAACCUGUUGUUUUAAAAUGGUUAAGUAAAUAAACCAUGCAUAAUUUAAAAAAAUAAGUGAACUUGACAAUUCUGAGUUACAUUGACAAAUAAAAGUUACUGGAACAAAAGAAAAUGUGUUGUGGUCACUUUUUAUUUUCAUUUUUAACUUAUAAAAAUGUCUCUGUUCAAACAUAUACAUACACUUGAUUCUUAAUACUUUGUUACCUGAAUAAUCCACAGCUGUGUUUUUUUGUUUAGUGAUAAUUGUUUAUGAGUCCUGCCUGUUGUUCUUCAGAAAAAUCCAACAAAUUUAUUGUUGUUGUUUUUUUUUUUUUUUUUUUUUUGGCAUUUUUGUGUAUUUGACCCCUCUCCAAUAAUGAUUGUAUGAUUUUUGAGAUCCAUCUUUUCACACUGAGGACAACUGAGGGACUCAUAUGCAACUAUUACAGAAGGUUCAAAUGCUCACUGAUGCUUCAAAAGGAAACUUAAUGCAUUACGAGCUGGGGGGUGAAAAUAUUUUAAGUUGUGCCCAAGCCACUAAGGCACCUACCUACCGAAUGCCUUGAAAUAUAUCAUCUGAUCGAAGUCUUGAGGUGUGGUUUCCAUUUAUAGUUAACAAGUUAAAAGCCAUAACAUCACUAACAUGGGCUACAUCUCUUUCUAACUUCUGUGAUUCUCUCUGUUUUCUUACAGAUUUGUGAGGAAACAAAGAUAUCAGGGGACAAAUACAUCACUUGUCUAUGGUGACUGUUACAUGUUCAUCAAUUGAAGUAAAACAUUUCUUCUUUCAUUAGCCUUGAAAAUUCUGCUAAAAUGUGUUGUUGUUUUUUUUUUUUUCUU